GGUGAAAAGUUUUCAGACCCCCUCCCCUGUAUGUUUUUGUUGGGGGAAAAGUUGUUGGAAGUUAGGUCGUGUGAAUGUAGCCUCUCCGUCGUCUUUUUCCCCCCUCGGUAGCAGGAGGAAUGCGAGUUUCUACUUCUCCAAAGUCGGACAGCGAGCUUUUUGUGCGGGCUUCGUUCGCUUCACGUCCUCUGGCUCGGGUAAAAAAAUCUCAGCCUCGGCCGUCAUCGUUUCACCUCUGCCGUCUCGUUAGCCUCGGAGCUAGCUGCGCCGCUAGCUAACUAACCCGACAAAGUUAACGCUACCUCGCCUCGGUGUGUCUCUUGUGGUGACUUCCAGAGACGAAGAAAAAACCCACCGUCGAGAUGGCGGAAACAAAAAUAAUUUAUCACAUCGACGAGGAGGAGACGCCGUAUUUGGUGAAGAUACCUAUAAGUGCCGAAAAUAUAACUCUGCUGGAUUUUAAACAGGUCUUAAACAAGCCAAACUACAAAUUCUUCUUCAAGUCUAUGGACCAGGACUUCGGGUGAGCUAGUUUUUUUCUCUUCUUUGGCUCAGGGGACCUUUGUAAUCUGCAUACAAAAUAAGAAAAUGAAGUUUACAGCUUAUGUAGUGAAGUAAAGUACUAUAUAAGUUGGAAACACACCUUUUAAUGUGACUUUGAUUUCCUCCACGUUACACCCAAAAUACACAGCUUUUUACAUGUAACUUUGACUACAUGUAUGUUUGCGUGUCAAAUAAGUCAUGCAAUCCUAUCUUGUGACUGGCUUUCACAUAUUGGUCACAGGAAAACUUGUGGUAAAGGGAUAAUGCGCUUCAAAAACCCAUGCUACACAUCUUAAAUCACGGUUUUAAUGACCUGUGAUGAAUAUCAAGUGUUUCUAUUAAUACUAAGAGUGUGUAGGCAGGGACAUUUCUCAGCAAACAUCAUCAUUACAAUAGGAGGCAUUCCCUGUCCCUGCUGCUUUUCUUUACCCUAAUCCUCCUGCCUCCCUCCCUCCCUCUCUCCCUCCUUCAGUCCAUCAUCUUGUGAAAUCCUCGCCUUUUCUUUCAGCGAGGACUGAAGCCAGGGUUUUGUCUCCCCUCUUUAACACUUUGCCAUCCUUUCAUUCCCCCCAGCUUCCUCCCUUCCUUUCCCCCAUUUUCACCCAGAAAAGAGCUGUCUCCUCUCCUCUAUCAAUUAAUCUUUUUUUCUCUUUUUCCCCUGUGUGGCUGGCUGUGCUUUUUCCUGCAGAGGAAUGCAUGUUUGUGGUUUAUUCACCCGGUGAGACCCUUAGGGCUCCUGUUAAAUGCAUUGUAGACUCAGAUGAGUAUUAAGGCUGGGCCAUUUGCUUCCUUUUUUCUUUGGAUGGCACCAUCACAGUCUCUGCCAAGGGGGCUGCUGCAGUAUCGACUCCAACAUAAAAAUGUAAUGGAUGUGAUGGCUUUUCAUCCGGCUUUGGCAGAGCUGGCAGACAGGAAGCAGCCCCUGUGGAUGCAUCAUUGAAGUAUGAACAGCAGAAACAUCAAGAACUCUGUUGUAGAGACGUUUUUCUGAGAAUAUCUAAAAAGCGUUCCCUGGAAUAGCUCCAUAGGUGGUUGUAUUGUUAAAAAACGACAUCAAGAAUAUGCUUAUUAUUAAUUUAAUCAUAUAAAUGGGUUAUGACAUGAGUGCAGUCCCCUGAAUGAGGUGAUCUACUGGCGUUUUGAUGGUUUUAUAUGACUGUAAACAGUGCAGAGUCAGGUUCUGAAAACAAUGACAUCAUAUCAGGCUCUGGAAACUUUGAUUCUGUCUGAAAGUUUGUGGACUCAGCUGUUGAACAAUUUUCAACAAAAACAAACUUCAAAAUUUAUUUUCACUGAUAAAAAAAAAAGACCAUGAAGGAUGAAAAUAAUCCCUUACACCCUCAAAGACAUCGUAGUCAUCAUGAGACUUUUCCUCUUGGUGUGUUUCCACAACUUUUGAGUUUGUUCCCACUGAGAAUAUACCACAGGGCAUCGAGUUGUAGUUCUUUUUGUUUUGGAUAAUCUAAACAAUAUUUCCAGGAUUAAGUGUUUGGUCUCAAACAUUGGGGACAUUUAAAUGAAGUUUAGCUUGGCAGUUAAAUCAUGUGCAUCCUAAGCAGGUGGCUGAGGUCCAAUCCGGGUCUACGGCACUUUGCCGACUGUUGCCCCCCGCUUCGCUUUCUCUCUCUCUCCCUCAGUUUGCUACCCUAUCUUUGUCCAUGUCUUUAACAAAGACACUUUAAAGCUCUUAAUUUAAAGCUGCAGAACUGUUUUAUUGGAAGUUGCCCAAACUAAAGAGGACUUUUAUCCAUGUCUUGUUGAAGCAAAACAGACUUUGACUCAAUUCUUAAUCACCACAUAUCCUCACUGUUGAGCCCAACCCCUUUGUUUUAUGUUAACACGUCUAGGCAUAGUGGUGUACGGAUACAAUGUUGCUCUGAUAUCGUAUCGAAUAUCGGAUUAUAUCCGCCUGCAUCUAAAAUCUCCAAUAUCAGCACUCCAAUACAAGCAGUCCAUUCCAGACUCCAUCCAGCACCUCUAUCUAGCAGCACCCAGAUCCAGCAUGCAGAGCCCACGUAAUCACAACAACAGUGUGUACUAAGGUACUAACUUGUCAUGCUCAAGUUUGUGCUAAUAUUGGAUCAGUAUCGGUAUCGGCCAAUAUUGAAGGCUACAAUCUCUGUAUCGUAUCGGAAGUAAAAAAAGUUGUAUCGAGACACCCCUAUCUAGGUGUAAGGCGGAGAUACGUCUCCAUAUUGGGGACAAGACUUCCCGAAAAGUGCAUAUCAAAUUACGAGAAAGAUCACGUUUCAAGCAAAGAAAUAUUACAGGUAUAAUAUAUAAUAUAUAUAAUAUUGAUGUAGACGGAUAAAAGCUUAUAAAGUUACCAAUUGCAGAUGUGGUCGUUCCUACUGUUAGAAAAGGCUGUUAAAGUGAGGCAACGAUGGCACAUGUGCACCAACGCUAGGGUUCAACAUGUAGGCUAUAUGGAAGUAUUUUGAAGUGUUGGGAAUAGACAAGCAUUGACAAAGCGAAGAAACUCUGCAGCGACCAUCCAGAGAUAAAGAAGCUUAAUUAAAGUACAGUUGAAUUAAUUUCUCCUGAUAACCAGCCUAUUGUUUGAUAUACAGUGCUUAGCAUAAAGUUCUGGGGGCAAAGCUACAUUUUAGGUUCCAUAUCACCUUCAUUUUCAAUUUAUGGUAGAUAAAAUGUUAUGUUAUACCAGUGGUUCUGAAGUCCAGUCCUCGAGCCCCCCCUGUCCUGCAUGUUUUGGAUGUUUCCCUGCUCCAACACACCUGAUUCAAAUGAUCAGCUCGUUAUUAAGCCAUUACAGAGCUUGAUAACGAGCUGAUCAUUUGAAUCAGGUGUGUUAUACUCAGCUUGUCCAAACUUUGGAAAUUGUACUUUUGCUCAUCUAGAUUUUGAGUAAUAUAGUACUUUUAAUAGGGGGUGUACUGACUUAUAUGCUGAGCACUGUACUUAGACUGGAACCUGUAUCAGUGUCAGCCAAAUGUGAAUUUGAAAAUCUCUGCAUAUUGGAAAAAAACUGAUAUCAUGCAUACAUCCCAGUGUUCUCUCAGUCAACAGGAUUUUGAAAUGACUUAAAUCUUUUUUAUUUCGUUGUAAAGAAGACCUCGUCUUUCUUGGUAUGGAGUUAACCUGUUACACAGAUUGUGACUCUUUAACAAACUUUUGAUUCUGCUUUAAAUGUUUUCUUUUUCAAUCCUAGACGUUCAGUAAUGUGUCUGCUGCCUGCUUACGACUCUGCCAAAUACUUUCAUGCAGUCAUGUAAGGAAUGUAUUCCAGACAUACAUGUUGGCACACAGAAGCCGUCAUUGCGUGUGUCACUUUUUUUUCUGCUGUUAUGCCGUGGAGAAAGAUCUCACCAUCAGCUCUUUUGAUUCUAAGGAGUGAGUGGACGCUCAAAACGUCAGAGUGAUGGUAAAAAUGAGAAAUGAGACUGAGGUUUGAACGUUAAACGGAGCAAAACGACCAAACUGAUCAUGUGAGAACAACACUCGCACAGUGAUCUCUUAUUUUACAGUCAAAAGCUCCCAGUCGAUUACUUUGACUCCGCCGACCUCGCCACAACCAUCAGCGUACUUUCCUGGUUGUUGUCAACAGUUUUUCCCCCCAAGUUACCGGAAAGGACAUGAUUGCAUUUAGUGCGUGUAAAGCGAGCACGCCAUGUUUGUUUUUUUUCCAAAUGCAAGAAAUCCUCUCCUGGAGAAAGCCACCCACUCAAACCUCAUCCAGCCGAGCAAAGAGAGCCUUUCAAAGAAGGAAAAAGUCCCAACUCGUGAGCUUCAAUCUCACAGCUCAGCAUCCCACUCCCUCAUCUGAAUAUCUCCGACUGAGUUGAGAUGAAGAAUUUCAAACAUAGCUCCGAGUCAGCUGUCCAAUCGACGCAGGGACUUUUUUCCUGCCCCCCCUCUUCCUCUCCCCCUCUCUCUGUCUCUCUUUGACCCAGGAGAGAAGUGUGUAAUAGUGUGUGUUUUCAUUUGCCCUGGUACGAGGCCAGCUGUCGACCUGAGCGAGCUGUGUGUGUGGCGGUGGGGGGAGAUGCGUGGAGCUGAGCAAGGCCUGAGCCGGGGCUGCAAACCUGGGGCUGGACGGGGGCCAGUUGCUGGGUGUCUGGGGCGUCCACGGGGAGAAAAAGAGGGGUGGUGUUCGGUUGGAGUUAUUAGAUAUUCUCCUGAGUAUAUGAGCUGUAAGGAAGAUUAAUUGUCAGAAAGGGGGUACUGUUUUGGGUUUCAGGAAUUUAAUGCUAGCAAGGGACCGUAAGAGAAAGGAAAUGGGGGUUGAAGACUUCAGGUUUCAACUCCAGCAUAUUUCAGGCUUGUUUGCGCAUUAUUGGAGGCAUUUUAGAGUGUGUGUGAACUGACUCUCGCCUGUAUUCGCGUGUUUGUUUGGAUGACCGAGGAAUGAAGACAAUUACACUCUCCGCAGAAGAAUGCUGCAUCUGUUCAGCCGCUGUCGAGGUGCAUUUUCUCGCAGCAUGUGAGGAGGACGGAAAAAGUUAAUAAAUCCAAUCAGGGAGAAAUGUGCUAGCGAACAUUCAGUAGCUUUCGAAAAGCUGGACUUUAACAGCUCCCCACGAGUCCCCACAACAAUCUGGCCGUAUGCUAACACUCACCCACAAAACCGGCUCUCAACAGCUGCUUACCAAAGCCCGGCGGAGCCUGACCGAGUCUCACACACGGGGCACACAAAGCUGGAAAACAUUUCAAGUCAAGUGUCCUCCGCGUAGCAGCGUCCACAGCGAACCAGCGUAAUAAGAUGUUGGCAGGCUGCUGGGGGGGAAAUUACACAGCUGAAGGCGAAUGUUUGCCUUUCUGACUAAACAUGGAGGAAGAGCACAGAGGAGGGAGGGAGGGAGGAUGAGCCAGACGGAUGUGUUGUCUUUGAGGGGCUUUGGUCAUGAGGACGCAGAGGCUCUUCAGUCUUGUCAUGUGUAUUGGAUUUUCAUUCAUAUUCAGUUUUCUAUAACCGCCAACCACCAGUUUGGAGAGCCGACUUUAUUUGAGCUCAGGGGGCCGCUCUAUUACAGCAGCUUCGACUCCAAUAAUUCAUUUUUGAGUGAAAUAUACUGUUUGGAUUUUCUACGUCAUCUGUGACCACAAGCCUCUACCUCAUGGGCCUCAUCCCUGCAUGUAUUUUAGUUAUAUAGUGCUUUUUAGGAUACCCAACUAAGUCAUAAAAGCACACAUUAAAGGAAACGUAAAGAAAUUAGAUAAAUAAAGAAAUGGUUGAAACAAUAUCUUCAGUUCUGGAGAGACAGGGUCUUGAGCUGGGAUUUGAAUCUGGGUAGAGAACUCCAGAGGAAGGGGGUAGCAACAGAGAAGGUUCAGAACUUGGGGAGAGCAUCCAAGGAGUGGAGAUUGCGGAAAGGGUUUGGAGAUGAAGCAGGUCAGUGAGAUGUGGACGGCUUUGGAAGUUGGGAAGGGGACUUGAAGCUGAAUAAGUUUGGGUAAUGUGGUCAAGGGAGACAGAGGGAGGUGGUCAGUUGUGAGACAGAGAUUUUUGGUGGUUUUGGUGAUGGAUUUGAGGCCGAUGAUGAUGAAGAAGUCCAAUCUGUCACAAUUCAGGUGAAGGAAGUUGGUUCACAUCCAUUUUUUACACCUGGGAGGCUGUCAGUUGGUGUGGUAUAGGUAGAGGAAGUGAAGGAUUUGGUGUAAAUGUAAACGUGGAUGUGGUCAGCAUAACAGUGAAAGUGAAGACCAUGUUUGUGUAUGAUUUCACAGAGGUGGGAACCUAUAGAGAAUAAAUAUGAGAGGACCAAGCACUGAACCCUGAGGGACACCUUUGAUAGAAGAGCAGUGGGGAAGAAACCAUUAAAACAUAUAACUGUAUACAUUUUCACAUGGUCAGGAAAGAUUGUAAAAUUUCAUCAGGACUGAAUUGAGAAAGUGAGCCUUUAGCACCCCAUGGGUUUAGAAAAGGUUCCCCCCUUUUGUGUCUAUUAACAGGUCGUUCAUGCAUUUGAAUGAAGGACUCUGUUACCACCUAACUAACAGAACAGCUGAUGACAUUGUGCUGUUGAAGUUAUAUCCAGGUUUGAUUUAUGCAGAAAUUUUUGUUUCCUUGAACUAUUUUUAAUGGACCUCAAGCUUCAAAGUCUUCAGUUUAAAUAGAUUGAUUUUCCCACUUUAAUAAAAUCAGUGCCGUUUAUUUGUUGGAGCUACUUGUGCAGUAUUGAGUCUGUUUUUUUGCUGAGCGUGAUGAGCUGCAGUCUCAGUCUCUUUCUUCUUCACAUAUUGUCUCUUAGUUUCUAUUAUAACAGGACACUGUGUCUGUUAGUGGAACUUUCUAGUGACUUGCAAGUUGAUGAAAAGGAAGACUCCAUCAUAAAGAAACUCUUUCAUUGCAUAUAUUCUGCUUUCUGACUUUUUGAUACAAAAAAAAAGAGCCAUAUUCUGAAACAUGUUGACGUUUAUCUCUUUUAUGUCAGGGUAUUAAAUGAAACUAGAUAAGCCAGUGUUUCAAAAACUACAUGUAAACUUUUUGAACUCAUUUGAAAACAAACUACAUCUUUAAAAAUGUCUGCAGUGUUGAACUAUUGCUUAAACAAAUCUGUAGGUUAAAUCAAAAUGAUGGGAACUUGUGCUCAAAGUGCCUCAAAGAAAGGCUCAUCAUCUUAAACUUUACUUGAAUGUCAUUGAGUAAAUAGGAUUUCAAACAUUGAUGAUACAAUGUUGGUUUUCUUAGUGUAUUUCUAAGCCGGACGUUUCAGUGUUAGCACAUACAUAACAAAGACUGAUUAAAUAACAAAAGUUCGACAGACGGUAGGUCAUAUCAGCUGUUACUGCUAUUAAAAGUGUAAGUUGAUAGGUUUCCAAAGUUAGACUUGUCUGUUGUCUGGAUGGAGUUUAAUUCCGCUUCACAGCUGGACAAUCGCAAGUGUUUGUAGCUCCAAAUGCUCGCCGUCCCGCUGGAGUUUCAGUAUCAAGAUGUCUGAUGUAGUCGUGCAGUUGUUGUAGCGGUUGUUGUUACUGAUUCAUGAGCGCCCUCUGCUCCACGGCUUUAAAUUUAAGAGGUUACACUUUAAUCAGCAGCUAUCCUUUGAGACAUUUAACCUGAAACUUAAACUUCACUCUCUGGUUCAGAUCCAUUAAACCCCGUGUAUCAGGUGUUAUAUCUAAAUACAACAGGGGACCAAAAACAGUUUUAGAUUUUGUCUGAAUCAGUGUUGUCACUGUCACGGCAUCAUUAUAGUGUGUGAUGCACCAGCAGGGUAAACAGUGUCCUUGUGAUUAGAUAUUAGGGCCUGACUGAUUGAGAUUUUUUGGGGCCGAUGCCGAUACCAUUUUUUCUUUUCUUUACUUUUUUUUUUUUGGGGCACUAUCUAGCAGUGCCUGGAUCCAGCAUGCAGAGCUCAUGUAAUCACGACAACAGUGUGUACUAAGGUAUAACAAAGUACCAAGGUGUAGAAGUGAUGUUCCCCAUGUGGCAGUAUUUUUUGUUGAAUUCCAAAAAAGACAUUACAGCCGAGUGAAAAACUUAUCAUGCAAAGUUUGUGCUAAUAUCGGAUCAAUAUUGGUAUUGCCCAAUACUGAAGGCUACAAUAUCGAUAUUGUAUCAGAAGUAAAAAAGUUGUAUUGAGACAUCCCCAGAUAGAACUUUGAUUUUGGUAUUUACACUUUUUUUUUUCCUUCAAGAAAAGUUUUGACUUUGUAAAAAGUUGAUCAAGAACAGAUUCUGACGAUUUUGCAAAUGAUAGAAACAAUAAAUGUAAUUGUAAUGUAAUGCAAAAACAUAUAAAAUGUUGGUAUUUGAUUUGGACUGAGGCAAAUUGAAGUUGUUGGAUGUUGUGUCCUUAUUAAUUCUGACCUUAAGCUGCAGGUUUUGGAGCAGUAUAUGCUGCUGUUUUUGUCAGGGAGGACUUUGCAUGUUUCAGCAGGACAAUGAAACUUUAUUAUUACAACAGUGUGGCUCCACAGAAGAAGAGUCUAGGAGCUGAAUUUACCUUCCUGCCGCCCUCACGCACUGGAAACAUUUGCACUCCGUAAAAUCAAAAAUAUGACCUGAGCUGUUGAGCAUCUGAACUCCUGUAUCAGAGAAGAGCAGGACAACAUUUCACUUUUAUAACUUUACCCAGGAACUGGUGUCUUUGCUUCCCAAAGGUUUAUAGACUAGCGUUGUUAAAAAAGGGGGUUCUGCUUGGCUCCGUUUCAGGGUCCUUUUGAUUUGUUUGCCUGACACCAUUUUGGAUUAUUUUAAGGAGAUCGAGGUUAAAGAAGAAACAGGACAAAGGUUAACUUAUUUUUUGUCUCUUUUUGUUUUCAGGGUGGUGAAGGAGGAGAUUUCUGACGACAGCGCCAAGCUGCCAUGUUUCAACGGCCGAGUGGUGUCCUGGGUAAGAACAGAUCCACAUGUUGCACAUUUACAGUUGAAGUGGGAGUCGGAGGUUUCCAGAUGUGGAUUGUUGACCAGUGUAGCUCAAUUCCCUUUAACGGUUUAGUGAAACAAUCAUAAAAAUCAGAGGACAUCGUCAGAUAGAGGUCGUAUCGUCACUCUGACUCUCUAGGUUUAGCUCUUGUGGGGUUUUUUUUGGUGACUGUUUGGUGAAAAAUCUCCUGGAAAGUGAGGGAAACCUGAACCAGACUGACUCUGCGUCCAGGUCAAACAGAAAGAGAAGACUCACAAAGAACUCCUCCAGCUUCAGUCUGAGUCACCGCAGCCGACUGCUCAGACUGAUUAUUCAGAUUGAGGAGCGUUUUUAAAACUAUUCUCUACUCCUUUUUGUGUUAAACAGACGCCGAUAUGAAACCUUUUCCCAUUUCCUCUUGAACCUGGAAACAAUCUUAUCAUCAGAAAUAUUUCCUCUAUUAUCUCUAACCUUUACUUUUUAGUUUGUUUUUAAGGCCCGGGGGGCGUUUCUGCCCGUUUAUUGUCUCUCCUGUUGAAUUAAUGCUGGAAAGUUGCCAUUUAAAGAAGCAAAACUCAGGGAAAAAGUCAACAGUCUUCACAUCAGUUCUGAGUUUUAAGCUUUAAGAUCAGGAAAAGAAGUGGUGCAGCAUGUUUACAAGUCCAGAACUUCAUGCUUUUUCAUUCCACGAGUGAAGAUCCAGUCGUCGUCUCCCCCCCCCCCCAACUGCAGGUUACAUUUGAGCGGAGACAAAACAGCAUCGGGACAGGGGCCCACAUAAGCAGGUUUUGAGGCCGGAGCAUCUGUUAAGUGCAUAAGAAGGAGGGCGAAGGAUUUAAAAGCGAGGGGGAACAAAGCUCCGAGGCAGCAGAGGGACUGAUAUGUGAUCUUCAGGCCAAGACGGAGGGAUGGAGGGGAUCCCAGAAGACGAAUGCUUCAUAGCUUUCAGUGGGGAGGGGACGCAGUAAAGAGCGUUUACAUCACCCUGUGCAGGCUUUUUUAUAUGAUUUCAUACGUUUAAGCCAAAUACGCCCAUAUCCCCUUCCUCGCCGCUCCUAAACUACAUCUCGCCGUGUGUUUUAGCGUCGCGUGUAAUUGGAUGCUUCACGUCAUUCAUCCAAAUUGUUGCUGUGUGUGUCUACGUGGCCACUUUUGUCGUAUAAUGAACGGAGACAGGUUAAGUGUAGGAUAACGUUUCACUUUGCCCCAGAGACGUCCAUUUGAAAAGAGUACAGUGUUUGUGUGUCAAAGCAAUUGACAUCUUAGCCGUUCCUCCUCCCUCCGUGUCCUUUUAGCCGAGUGUUUUCUCACCCUACCUUCUCGCAAUUUGUCCAGCCUGUUUCGAGCCAAUUUCUCUCUCAAGUCCCGAUGUUUUUUUUCCCCUCCAGAGUUUUCCUUUUUCAGCUUCUCACCCCGAUUCUUUCUUCUCUCUUUGUUUUUGCUAGCUCGUAUCUUCAGACGCUCCCGCAGCAGAGCCCCCUGUAGCUGUGGUCCCCCCUGUGGAAACGAUGACCCAGCCUUCGCCCCCUCCCCCGCCCCUCCCGCCCCCACCUGCAGAGAGGACAGGGGGCAUCGGGGACUCCAGGCCGCCAUCUUUCCAGUAAGCAAAGCAUUUAAACUGACCAUCACGAACACAAACCUGUAGCUUAGCAUGUAGCAUCCACUCAUACUGUAAUGUCGCUACUGUAUAUUUCCUGGUUAUCUCACACUCCCGGUGUCACGUUACAACAAGAACAGCAGGAAAAGUGAAGCUCAUUUCAACCUGAUCUGGGCUGGUGACGCCCAUGUUAUUAACAUGACCAGUUUCCACAGAGGCGGUUACAAACUUGACUGGACUACACAACAUUACAUCAUAAGUUUAAUCCUGACUUUUUCUAGGAAUUUUCCCCGUUUAGUUUUGGGUUAAAUUUGGGUAAACUCAUGUGAAAAUGUAGAGGGAAUUUGGGGGAACAAAGCUAAGGUACGGUGGCCUGGAGGUGCAAAACACACAAAGACAUUAACCAUUGUGUUUUCUCUUUUUGUGUUGUGUUUUCUGAUUUGUCGUUGUGUUUUGAAACUCAGGGCCACCGUACUAAAGAGAGUAAAGACUGGCAAAAUUAAAGACCAGCAUUUUCAGUCUUGGAUUAUUUAGUGAUACAUUGCUCUGUAGCUUUUAUUUGAUGUCAUGUCUGGUCCUCUGAGGUCCCCUUCCCACACAUACAUCUGCGCCGUCCAACUAGGAAGACCUCAUCCUGUGAGAGAACAUGUGUGAACAGUGUUUGGGUCAAAGCUCCUGAAAUCCUCUAGAAAAAAACAGCUUUGGUCUAUUUUUGUCCUCAUUUCAUCAAAAGUUAAAGUCGGUUUUGGUUCUUUUCACUCACAGUUAUGGCUGAACGAUAUAGCCUCAAAUCAGUAUCACGAUAUAAUGAGCAGUUCAACUUGAUGAAUGGACGAUAACGUCUCCACAAGCUGCUCACCUGUCUUUCCCUCUUUGUUACGAACUGGAUGGGGUGGAGUCAUGACUCUGAUGUAGGACAGCAUCUUAAAGGGAAAUGAGAUCAUAGCCUACCUACAAACAUCCAAAACCAACUUUGAUUUAUUAAAUUUUUUGAUGCCAAAUAUACCAAUAUGGGCAAAAUGUCGUCAGUUAUUAUAGUAAAUUUCUGUAUCUGUAAAUUUUCAGUUUAUCGCCCAGCCCUACUCACAGUGAUUGUUUUUUCAUCACAGACAUUUAGAGGUAUUUAGGGACUGUGCAGGACUUCAGAAUCCCAAAUCAAAUCCCUAUAAAAGAUUAAAAAUACAGAAAUGUCAACCUUCUGGAAAACUGUACAUAAAUGCUGUCAGGACUUGAUCGAGGCUCCUUUUGCACAAAUCACUGCAUGAAUGCGACGCAGCUUGGAGUAGGGCUGGACGAUAAAAUGAAAAUUUACUGAUACCGAAAUUUAUGACAGUAACUGACGUCAUUUUGCCCAAAUCGGUUCAUUUGGUGUCAAAAAAAUAAAUAAAUCAAAGUUGGUUUUGGAUGUGUGUAGGUAGGCUAUGGUCUCAUGUCCCUUUAGGACACUGUCCUACAUCAGAGACGUGACUCCACCCCAUCCAGUCCGUAACAAAGAGGGAAAGACAGGAGAGGAGAUGGAGGACGGUUCAAAAGUUGAUGAAGUUAAUGUGGGAGGGGGUGAGCAGCUUGUGGAGUAGUUAUCGUCCAUUCAUCAUCAUCGAGGUGAACUGCUCAAUAUAUCAUGAUGUUGAUUUGAGGCCAUAAUGCCCAGCCCUAUUUGGAGGCCGUCAGUCUGUGUAUCUGCUGGAGUGUUAUGUAGGCCAUGGUACUCUGGUGUCUCUGGUCAGCAAACCAGUCUCUGGUAGUUUUGGUGUCGUGUGAAGGUUUCAGGAUCGCUGUGUCUUCAUAAACCCUCUGAGCAGAUGGAAUCUUGACGGUCUCUGAAAUCCUCCUCUGGAGCUGCAGCUGUAUGAGCUGUCAGAGGAAACAUGUGCUUCUUUGGAUCUGUGUUCAUGCAGCCUUAUAAAUGCCAUUUAAAAUUCACUCGCCCCAAUAAAAACUGUCCUUCAUGUUCCCCAGCUGGUUGCACUCUUGAUCAUUAUAUAUUUAUCAUUAAACUGAAUAUAUCUGCAGACUGGCUUUUAUGGGUGGGUCACUUCAAAUAUCCUCUUCAGAUCAGGGAUUUGAUCGAUUGAAACCACCUGGCAGCCGAGUUUAAGGAAACCGUAGCUUCUUAACGUCACUCUGGUUUUCUUCAAGUCGCCUCGCGGUCCCUUGAAAUCUGGUUUCAGGGUCAAUUUGAGUUCAAAGCUGUCAGUCCUCCUCUUCCACCGCAGCGUGUUCAUUUAUUUCUCAUGUUGAGGCUUCGUCUCGUCUGCCUCCUCUGGCUGCAGGACGGCGGCCUGAUGGUUUCUGAGUCCAGUUUCAAAUUAAACAAUUUCUAAGAAGUCUGUGGUUUUUACAGUUGGUGGAGAGCUAAUCCAGGUCCGCUCUGUCUUCCAGCGCUGGAUUUGGAGCUUCAUCAACGCUGCUGGAAAUUAAAAUCGUACAGUAGUCUCUCUCUUGAGAUGAGCUUAUGCGCUUAUUUCUGCGUCCACACUUACAUAUUAGCAGCCCCAGGAUGUGCAAGGGUCGGUCCAAAGUCAAUCUCUGGGGUUUGGCACAUGUUAGGCCUGCACGAUAUAUCGUUUGAACAUCGUCAUCGCGAUGUACGUGUAUGGGAUAGUCACAUUGCAGAGCCUGCGAUAUUGGAGGUGAAUGAACUAAUUAAUUUCAAGGGUAACUGACUGAGAUACACUCCAUGUGACUCUGCAUGUGCUGUGCAGCGAUCCACCAAUCACCUUCGUCCUUGACUCAGUUGCCAAUCAGACUCACUUCUCAGUUGCCAAUCAGACUACCCUGCCAGCUGUCAAUCAAAAUCAGAGAGGAGGAAACCCACCCCUGCACAUGUUCUGCACAUGGAGGGAGACGUGUGUCCGCUGAGAAUUACUUUCGGAACUCUACUCAUGACUGUUUAGCCCAACAAAUAAGAACUGUAUGGGUUUUAAAUUGUACAUUUCCGUGGACCACUCUACUAUAAGCGGUGUGCGUUUUGCGAGGUGCAUGCAAUUCUCCGAGGACAUGCGUUUCUCGGCACAACACCGCUAACAACAACAACAACGAUCGCAAAAUGAGCAACGAACAAGAGAAAACCACAGAAGGUGAAGAUUUGUUGCCAAAAAGAAAAGGAAAGUCAGUUAUCUGGAAUUAUUUCGGUUACAAGAUGGAUAAUGUCGACCAAAACACGUCUUCUGUGUUCAUCUGUCGCCACAAUAACGUCCCAGCACAAUAAAAGCUAAAAAUAUCUCUAAGACAGACAGAAGCUGUUCUGCUAACAUUCACAAAAAGAGGUAAGAUCAGAGCAGAUUAACUGUCCUCAAGAUUUCAGCAGUGCAGCAUAACAUUCAAUGCUAUUCAGGUCAUCUGGUGAAAAUUCCUGUAUUUUUAAUAUCGCAAUAUAUAUCGCAGGGUUGAAAAAAAUCGCAAUGUUAGUUUUUUCCAAUAUCGUGCAGCCUUAUCACACGUGAUACUGUGUGCUGUGCCAGGGAUGAAUCAAUGUUUUAAUUGAGUCAGAAAAGGAUAAAUCCAGCCCGCCAAAUGCGAUUAAGUGUCGACAGUUCAAAGGAUGAUCCAGUUUUUCCAGCCUGCUCCAUGAUUUUCAAGCUGCUAAAUAAUCAAUGUAACCCAUAAAACAGAGGCUGUUUCAUGUCGACACAAUCAAACAGAUACUAGACUGUAUGUGUUCCCUUCAUGGAGGGUUAUUUUCAGUUUAAAGCGUACUUUGAGGUGAUUUAUGUGACUCUCGUACCUGGAAAAACCAUCACAAACAUCGCUCCGGCGUUAAGAUGUUAAAAUCGGAUGUCGUUUUGUGAUCACGCUCUAAUUCCUCUUCUCUUUUAGUCCCAACGCUACAGGCAGCGUGGAGACGCUGGACGAGCAGACUGAGACCGAGUCUGUCGUGUCCUUCAGGAGAGAGAGGCCGCGGCACAGAGAGAGCAUGGAGCAGCACGGUGAGAAACAGCAGAUCACAGAGAGAAAGUCCUGUUUUUAUGACUGUUAGCCAUCAAGAUGUGGCGCGCCGCCAACACCCAAACAACGAGCGUGAUGUGAUAUAAAUCAAGGAAUGCGGAGAGAGGAGGAAUGUUUGUGAUCUAUAGGGAAACAAAAGCAAACAGAGGCUUGAGCAAACAUGACAAAUUCAUGGGGAAUAACCGGGGAUUCUUCGCCGCUGUCUCAGGGCCGCGGAUGAACGGUCAGAGCCGGCUGGAGCGCCACCUGGCGGGCUACGAGAGCUCCAGCACGGUGAUGAGCAGCGAGCUGGAGACCACCAGCUUCUGCGACUCGGAGGACGACGACACCAUGAGCAGGUAAGAGGAGGAAAUGGACGCUCGAGUUUUUUACCGAAUGUUCUACCGAUUACUCGAGUAAUUGGACCCAAACGGCAGACUUGCAUAAAGUUAGAUUUCCUAUAGCCAGAUUCAGAGAAAUAGAGGACAAUCACGGAACAAACAUGUGAGUUAGCGGAUUGCAAUGCUCAUAAGGAAGCUAAUUAUGAUAUUAACUUUCAUCAUGCCCCUAAAGACAUUAGUGUACGAGAGCUGAAUCGCUCCGAUGUUACCUGCUUCUGCUACGACACAAGCAAUGUUAGGCUACAAGCUAGUGUGAAGAGAAGUGUGCAGAGUCGCUACGUUGGCAACGCUGCAAGAAAAUCCCCUCUCAUCGUUUAUUUUUCCGCUCCGCAAAACCUAAACAGCGCUUACUCCUCCUUCUACCGUGGCGACAUAAGCGCAUUGUGUCACCUUCAAAAGAAUCCGUGUGAAACAGUGACGAUUUGAGCUUAUAAACGAGAACUGGAGGCAGGGAAAAUUCCUUGAUCAUUAUUUGUAAUGGAGGUACUUGAGGUAUUCGAGGAAUCGUUUCAGCCCUGCAGAGAACGUGAAGAAGUGAUGGAUGUUUCAGGGGUUGAUAUAAACUCGUAUGGAUGUGUGUUUUUGUCUGUUUCUUCUGUUUUUAAAUGUAAACACUUAAAGGGAAGAGGAUCAAAUAUGACUCUGAACUUCCACCCUUCAUUCAUUCUUUCAUUCGCAGGUUCAGCAGCGCGACAGAGCAGAGCACGGCCUCAAGGCUUCUGAAACGACACCGCCGACGCAGGAAACAGCGCCCCCCACGGUUAGAGAGGGUAAGAACUGAUGAACUCCUGCCUUUGUACUAACAAUUUAACAAGUGGAAAGUUAUUUAGAUUCUUUGAAAGGGUAUUUUCUUCAUUUGAAACUUUCCUCCUGACUCCAGGCGUCGUCCUUCAGCAGCGUGACAGACUCCACGAUGUCUCUGAACAUCAUCACCGUCACUCUGAACAUGGGUCUGUAAACUCCAAAUGCUUCCUCUGUAAACAGCCUGGAUCAAAUAUUCCUCUUCUUUAUUCAUGAUUGUCUGAUUCCUUCUCGUCACAGAAAAGUACAACUUCCUCGGCAUCAGCAUCGUGGGUCAGAGCAACGAGCGGGGAGACGGAGGAAUCUACAUCGGCUCCAUCAUGAAGGGUGGAGCCGUGGCUGCAGAUGGUCGGAUCGAGCCUGGAGACAUGCUGCUGCAGGUGAGGAAGAUCACGCGCUCACUCCUGUCGUCCUCUAAAUCCGUCAGUCUUCGUUUCAUCCGUACUUGAACGUGUCAAACUUCUCCCUCUUUCAGGUCAACGACAUCAACUUUGAGAACAUGAGUAACGACGACGCCGUGCGGGUGUUGAGGGAGAUCGUACACAAGCCGGGGUGAGCUCCUGUUCUCCUACUUUUCAUUUCACCUUUUUGAAAUGAAGUAGGAAGAUGUCGUCAUUAAUCUCGCGUCUUUUCUCUCUCCAGGCCCAUCAUCCUCACAGUGGCCAAGUGCUGGGAUCCUUCUCCUCAGGGUUACUUCACUCUGCCUCGCAGUACGUCCAUCUCCUCUUCUGUUCGUCUCCUUGUUAUGUUUUCGGUCUUCCUAACUCGUUUCUCUGCGUCUCCACAGAUGAACCAAUCCGACCCAUUGACCCGGCUGCGUGGGUCAGUCACUCCGUGGCCAUGACGGGGGCGUACCCUGCUUUUCCAGGCAGCUCCUCCCUCAGCACCAUCACUUCCUCUUCUUCCGUCACCGAGACUGAACGUAAGCGCUCCUCCUCCUGAAUCUGAAUCCUCCACGUUUUCAAACCUGUCCUGGUUUCUUUGUCAGGCUGUCGUCUCUCCUUCCUCUUCCAAGUCUCGCUCUCUUUAAGCGCCGAUGGCAGAAGAGUCCUUUCUCCUCUCUGUCUCUCUGCUUUUGUCUCUUUUGUUCUGUCUUGUGAUAAACGAUGUCUGCUGCACUCCUCCCUUUGAUCCUCACCCCGUCUACACUCCCUCCGCUUCUGUCUUCGCAGGUUUCGAUGACUUCAACCUAUCGCUGCACUCCGACAUGGCCUCCGUCGCCAAGGCCAUGGCCUCGCCAGAGUCGGGUCUGGAGGUCAGAGACCGCAUGUGGCUGAAAAUCACCAUCCCCAACGCUUUCCUCGGUGAGGCUGAGAACAGACAACACGAGGCUAACGAUCUCUCCGAGCCUCAGAGGGCUUUAACAGGGCAGCCAUUAUGUUCCCUGAAUUAAAACCGUGUGACUUGUUGGAGCGCGAGAACAAAAAAACAUCUUGCUUGCAUGUUUUGACAGGAAACAUCUGUUAAAUUGGAGUCACCUGUUACAGCUGCACAAUGGCGUAAACUACAAGUUUGUCCCAUUUGUGGUUUUCUUUUUGGUGUUUUUUAAAAAGCUCAACUCUGGCUCAGAAGCGACUAUCCUGCUGAUCCCUUUAAAUCACGCUUCUCUCUCUCUUUCUCUCUUCUUUAACAGGCUCAGACGUUGUGGAGUGGCUCUUCCACCACAUCGAGGGCUUCCAAGACCGCCGGGAAGCCAGAAAGUACGCCAGCAACCUGCUGAAGGCCGGGUUCAUCCGACACACCGUCAACAAGAUCACCUUCUCCGAACAGUGUUACUACGUGUUUGGAGAUUUAAGCGACUGUGAGAACUGUGAGUAACAGGAAGUACGCUCAAAUCCGACACAGACGGGGAUCUUUGGAUUGGAUAGGAAUAGGACAAACACUGCGGAAGUGUCCUUUAAAUGUCCAUUUUAUUUCUCACUCCUCCUGUUUUCAUCUCCUCUCUUCCAUCUCCCGCUCAGACAUGGCCAACCUGUCCCUGAAUGACAACGACGGCUCCAGCGGGGCCUCAGACCAGGACACCCUGGCCCCUCUGCCCCUCCCUGGGGCCUCCCCCUGGCCCAUGAUGCACACCUUCCCCUACCAGCCGUACCCCACGCACCCUUUCUCCAGCCAGCCGCCUCCGUACCACGAACUCACCAGCUACAGCUACGCGCCCGGCAGCACGGGCAGCCAGCACAGCGAAGGUGACCCCCAGACCGAGAUCACAUGAUCAUGAAUUACCAACUUAACAAGACAAAACAAAGACAAUUGAUUUUCACUCUAGGAAAAGUCUUGUUUAGAUAGACGCAGCACGCAGAACGCCACAGGACACACUGUUAAGAGUGUUAUUAGCAGAGUUACAAAUGUCAAAGACAUUUUUAAUGAGCUUUCUUUGCUUCUGGAAAAAGAGCCAGGAGCUCUGGUUUCACUUUUCCUCGCUGUACUAAAUUAGAGGAUUACCUCCUUAGGGAGACUUUGACAUUUUGAGUGUUGUGUUCACAAGCAAUGUUGUGUAACAUCAGCCCCUGAGACAACAGCGAACUGUGCUUGUAAGUAAAAGUACUUGAUUCUGUGCUGUCGAGAGAAUACAGUUUAAUGUGUUCAUAGGUAGCUAUAAAACCAUCAAAAUAAUCUCCCUACCUGCUCCUGAAUGUGUAGUCACAAAGAUUAAACACUCAAAAUCACAGCUAAGUAGUAGAAAUCAAAGCUCGCCAAACUCCUCCGACCUGUUUUCCUCUCAUCUGACAGCAUGUUUCUCUCUGCCUUCAGGGAGCCGGAGCAGUGGUUCGACAAGAAGCGAGGGUGAGCGUCGUCGCAGCACUAAAGGUCCAGGCAGUACCGUGGGCGGAGGAGAGAAAUCCCCCUCUGGUGCGCCCGGAGAAGGAGGCGGGGGCGAUUCACGCUCGGGCAGCGGCAGCGAAUCAGAAUAUUCCACCCGCAGCAGCCUGCGGCGUGGCCACGGUUCAGCCGCCCCCAGUGAGCACAGCCACGCCUCCUCCCAGCGCUCGCAUCACCAUCGCAUGCCCCAACCCCCCCACAUGUCCCCCUACCCACCGGGCAUCCUCCCGUACAACCCCAUGAUGGUGAUGAUGGUACCCCAGCACCCACACCCAGCUUUGGCCACCGCUCACUCUCUUCCUCACCCGCAGCAGAUGGCCACAGCCCCCAUGCAUCCAGCUCUCCCCCCGCCUCCUUCCUCCACUCCAGGGGGGCCUCCUGGAGCACCGCCCACCCGUGACCUCGGCUCUGUACCGCCAGAGCUGACCGCAUCACGCCAGUCCUUCCACCUGGCCAUGGGGAACCCCAGCGAGUUCUUUGUAGACGUCAUGUAGUUUCUCUGGGACCUCUCAUGUGAAGGUAGCGUACGGUUCCCACUUGUUUUGACGAGGAUCUGAUGGUAGCUUUUGGAGCUCACAAGGGCCUUUCGGAUUAAAGGUACUUGUUACAAAGAUGGUGAGAACAGGGUUUAACAUCGACAAAGAAAAGCAAGAUGAAAUAACUACACACUUUACGCAGGACAUGUUCUGACUCAAAGUCUACCGCUAUUACUGAAGUGAUACCAUCACUGAGGAAGGUACAGAUAUCAGCACAGAGACCAGAUCUGACAUCUGUACCAAUACCAGUACCAAUACUGGCAAAAAUACACUAACGAAUUCCAGUUUAACAUUACCAUCACCAAUACCAGCACCGAUACCACAACUGAUACCACAGACAUUACCAGUGGAGAUACAAACAGUGCUGAUAUCAGUACAGUACCAAUAUCAGUACUGAUAUAGGCCCCAAUACAAAUCUGAUACCAGUACUUACGUUAGUGUUGAGACCUGAACUGAUCUAAGUACUAAUAUCAGCACUGAUACCAGUGCCGAUACUGGCAAAAAUAUGCUUAAAAAUUCCAGUUUGACAUUACCAUCACCAAUACCAGCACCAAUACCACAACUACUACCACAAACAUUACCAGCAGAGAUACAAACAGUGCUGAUAUCAGUGCAGUACCAAUAUCAGUACUGAUAUAGGCCCCAAUACAGAUCUGAUACCAGUACUUAUGCUAGUGUUGAGACCUUAACUGAUGUAAGUACUAAUAUCAGCAUUGAUACCAGAACCAAUACUGGCAAAAAAAACAGGUAUCAAUGCCAGAACCAAUAACUGGAUCCAACACUGAUACCAGUAUAACGACCAGUGCAGAUACUAGCACCGAUACAGUAGUGGUAUUAGUACAUAUAACAGUAAAGACUUGGGUACCAAAUAGAUCUACUGAUAUCAGCACCGAUAUUGGGAUUGGUUCUAUCAGUCAAACUAGUACCAAAACUAAUACCGAUACCAGUGCAAAUACCAGGAUUGAUAUAAGUACCGAUAUUAGUAAUGACAAUCGUACUGAUACCAAUAGUGUUGGCAGUACUUGAUGUUAUCACCAAUGCUGGCACAGUAGACAAUACCGAUAUCAGUUACUGACCCUGGUAUCGGUACUAAUACUGAUAUUGGUACAAAUAUCAGUAGUGUGGGUAUUUUCUCUCAAAAUUAAAUCUGUUCUGGUUCAUUUUUAUGAGACUACAAGAAGCCUUUAAAAAAACAGUGGUAGUCAUGGUAACUUUCAAAAUGUCCGCCAUCAGCCUGUUUUUUUGCUCUGCUACAAAGGUGCGUUCGUCAUGUGAUUUGUAUCGGAUUUGGUAUUGGGAACAUCUCAAAUCUCAGCACAAAGAUUGCUUCUUUUUUUCCAACAUUCAAGUUUUGAGUGAAGAACUUAGAGCUGAGAUCAGAACGGUCCUCACAUCAGAAGUGUAAUAUUUCAGCUCCUUAUACCACAGCGGUCCAUCCAGGAGUCCCACGUUUUAUCACCGCAGGGUGCCAGGUACAAUGUGUACUUGAAAAGGGUACAAUCCUGUAAACUUACCCAGAUGAUUGGGCCAGAAUCCAUUGCUGACUUUAUGAGUGCCUUACUCUUUUUUACUUUUACAGAUAUUUCCACACUCCAGGUACAUAAAAAAAUGACUCUCUAUGUUCCAACAUUGUUUGACAAUGAACUCCUCUGUAUAUAUCUACUCCUCUCAUGUAAAUGCAACAACGCAGAACAGCUAAUGUGUAAAGAAAAUAGGUCCAAAAAUGUCAGGUGAGCUGUGUUUAGUAAUCACUGUUUAGGCCUAGUCGUCAAUAACUCUAAUGUAAGGUCUGGGGCUGCGGAGGUCUAACGGUACUAAUCGGAGAAAAGACGGCGGUACUUUUUGAUUACAUGCAGUGUGUAUCUUAAGUUACUGUGAUCCAAAUGCCCCAGCUCCCCAUGCUUAUUUUUUAUGUUACUGACUUGCAUUAUUCACCCAUUUCAUUUUUUGUAUGAGUGACUAUAUAAAUCAUGUAUAACCAAACUAUUAAGGUGCUAAAUGAAGAUUCAACAUUUCAUAAAGAAAUGACCUUGACUGUGUCAUGUUUGAUUUCAUAUCGCCACCUUUGUUUGUGUAUUUGAGAAUAAAUUUGAUACUGACAUUCUG